CCAUGCACUAGCCAGAACAAGUGCACGUGAACUAUGUAUACAAGUUUGAGGAUCUCAAUGUUUUUGCAGUGAAAUCCCUUCGAACCACUCAUGGUUUCACAGUCAGUGAGUGGCUGAGGCCAAAACUGUGGAUUCAAAAAAUAAUAUGGAAAAUCUAGAGCACAACAAAAGCAAAAGGGCUUGUAAAUAUUUAAGAUAGUAGAAUACAAACAGAUAGUGAAAGAGAGAAAAAGAAAAAAGAAAAAAGAAAAAAAGAGCACAGAACGUAUUCAAUGAAGAAAGAAGGGUGUGAGGUUGAGGCAAUAGGCAUCAACUACAAGAUUCGUACAAAGACAACAGAGCAACCUUUUAAAAUCUUCACCAAACCUCCACAAUCGAAUAGGGAAGAUGUUCAUGAAGCAAAAGAGGAAGAAAGGCCAUGCAGUGGAGUUAGGCAUGUCCUCAAGGAUGUGAAUUGCAUGGCCAAGCCAUGGGAAAUUUCGGCAAUUGUUGGGCCAAGUGGAGCUGGAAAAUCAUCCCUUCUUGAGAUCCUUGCUGGUAAAGCUAGUCCACAAAGUGGGUCUAUCUUGGUGAAUCAAGAACCUGUGGAUAAAGCUAAGUUCAGAAAAUUUUCAGGGUAUGUUACACAAAAGGAUACCUUGUUUCCCUUACUUACAGUUGAAGAAACCAUUAUGUUUAUUGCAAAGUUAAGGCUAAAUCUUCCUCAGGAGCAAUUAUGCUACAGGGUCAAGUCACUGAUUCUAGAGCUUGGUCUUAGCCAUGUCGCCAGGACUAGAAUUGGAGAUGAAAGGGUCCGAGGCAUUUCCGGUGGUGAGAGACGCCGAGUUUCCAUUGGUGUUGAAGUCAUACAUGAUCCAAAAGUGCUGAUUUUGGAUGAACCAACUUCAGGGCUUGACAGUACUUCAGCUUUGCAAAUAAUUGAAAUGCUUAAAGUCAUGGCUGACUCUAGGGGAAGAACUAUAAUCCUAAGUAUCCACCAACCCGGGUACAGAAUAGUGAAGUUGUUCAACUCAUUACUGUUAUUGGCCAAUGGCAAUGUGUUGCACCAUGGCACUGUGGAUUUGCUGGGUGUGAAUCUAAGGCUAAUGGGUUUAGAGCUUCCUCUUCAUGUUAAUGUAGUUGAGUUUGCCAUUGAUUCCAUUGAGACUAUUCAGCAACAACAAAAAUCAGAGCACGUUCAGCUAGAAGUGCCUCGGCGAUUACCAGGGACAAUGCAACAAAAGAAAGGUGGUGAUCUAGGCGAGAGUAGAAGUGGUAAGUUUACUUUGCAACAGCUCUUUCAACAAUCCAAGAUAAUUGACAUAGAAAUCAUUAGUUCGGGAAUGGAUAUCACACGUGAUUUUGCUAAUUCUGGAUUGAGAGAAACUAUGAUUCUCACUCAUAGGUUCUCCAAAAACAUCCUUCGCACAACGGAACUCUUUGCUUGCAGGACAAUUCAGAUGCUGGUUUCUGGACUGGUUUUGGGCUCAGUCUUUUGUAAUCUCAAGGAUGGUCUAGUGGGAGCAGAAGAAAGAGUGGGUCUAUUUGCUUUCAUAUUAACGUUUUUGUUAUCAAGCACCACCGAAGCUCUACCAAUUUUUCUGCAAGAAAGGGAGAUUCUAAUGAAGGAGACCUCCAGUGGAAGCUACAGAGUUUCAUCCUAUGCUAUUGCCAAUGGCCUAGUUUACUUGCCAUUUCUACUCAUACUAGCCAUUUUAUUCGCAAUGCCUCUGUACUGGCUCAUUGGUCUCAACAGGAAUUUCACGGCAGUUUUGUACUUUUUGAUGCUAAUUUGGCUAGUUCUUUGCACCGCAAAUUCGAUUGUGGUAUGUUUCAGUGCUCUGGUGCCUAAUUUCAUUGUUGGGAAUUCAAUGAUCGCAGGUGUCAUCGGCUCGUUUCUCUUGUUCUCUGGCUACUUCAUAUCAAAACAUGAAAUUCCGAAUUACUGGAUUUUCAUGCAUUAUAUAUCCCCAUUUAAGUAUCCCUUUGAAGGGUUCCUAAUAAAUGAGUUCUCCAACUCGAACAACUGCUUGGAGUACUUGUUUGGGGAAUGUGUGGUGAGAGGAGAGGAUGUACUUAAAGAAGCAAAGCUUGGAGGGGAGACUAGUAGAUGGAAGAAUGUUGGGGUGAUGGUGUGCUUCAUCUUUGUUUACAGGUUCAUUUCUUAUGUAAUUCUUAGGUGCAGAUGCUCGCAAGGAGUCAUCCUAAAAGUAUGAUGGACUCUCUCUCUGUCUAAAGAAGGUUCACAUGUCUUGGAUUUUUCUGCAGAUAGCAAACAAAGAGGAUAUAAAAUCAUAUUAACAAAAAUAUAUAAAAAAAACAUGAUAUUAUAUUAGUUGUGUUUUUAUGAUUACUUAUUUCACACCGCCGUCUCUCUCUUCA